GGCGCCGGUCCGCGCCCGCAAGAUGGCAACGCCGGCGGCCGUCAACCCUCCGGAAAUGGCCUCAGACAUACCUGGAUCGGUGACCUUGCCUGUUGCCUCCAUGGCGGCCACUGGACAGGUGAGGAUGGCAGGGGCCAUGCCUGCUCGCGGAGGAAAGCGGCGUUCCGGAAUGGACUUUGAUGAUGAAGACGGUGAAGGUCCCAGUAAGUUUUCAAGAGAGAAUCACAGUGAGAUUGAGCGGCGCAGAAGGAACAAGAUGACCCAGUACAUCACGGAGCUCUCAGACAUGGUCCCCACCUGCAGCGCGCUGGCCCGGAAACCGGACAAGCUCACCAUCCUCCGCAUGGCUGUCUCACACAUGAAGUCCAUGAGAGGCACAGGGAACAAGUCCACAGAUGGGGCGUACAAGCCUUCCUUCCUCACCGAGCAGGAGCUAAAGCACCUCAUCCUUGAAGCAGCGGAUGGAUUUCUGUUUGUAGUGGCUGCUGAGACAGGCCGAGUGAUUUAUGUGUCAGAUUCUGUCACCCCUGUUCUGAACCAACCCCAGUCAGAGUGGUUUGGAAGCACCCUCUAUGAACAAGUGCAUCCUGAUGAUGUGGAGAAGCUGAGAGAGCAGCUGUGCACCUCGGAAAACUCAAUGACAGGCCGGAUCCUGGACCUGAAGACGGGGACGGUCAAGAAGGAGGGGCAGCAGUCCUCGAUGCGGAUGUGCAUGGGCUCGCGGCGCUCCUUCAUCUGCAGGAUGAGGUGUGGAAAUGCCCCCCUGGAUCACCUGCCCCUGAACAGAAUAACCACCAUGAGGAAAAGGUUCAGGAACGGACUUGGCCCUGUGAAAGAGGGUGAAGCCCAGUAUGCUGUGGUCCACUGCACAGGGUACAUCAAGGCCUGGCCGCCGGCAGGAAUGACCAUCCCUGAUGAAGAUGCUGAUGUGGGACAAGGCAGUAAAUACUGCCUCGUGGCAAUUGGGAGGCUCCAGGUGACCAGUUCUCCUGUGUGCAUGGAUAUGAACGGGAUGUCGGUGCCCACAGAGUUCUUGUCCCGGCAUAACUCUGAUGGGAUCAUCACGUUUGUGGAUCCAAGAUGUAUUAGCGUGAUUGGCUACCAACCCCAGGAUCUUCUGGGAAAGGACAUUUUGGAAUUCUGCCACCCUGAGGAUCAGAGCCAUCUGCGUGAGAGUUUCCAGCAGGUGGUGAAGCUGAAAGGCCAAGUGCUGUCCGUCAUGUACCGCUUCCGCACCAAGAACCGGGAGUGGAUGCUGAUCCGCACCAGCAGCUUCACCUUCCAGAACCCUUACUCGGACGAGAUUGAGUACAUCAUCUGCACCAACACCAACGUCAAACAACUUCAGCAGCAGCAGGCGGAACUGGAAGUGCACCAGAGAGAUGGGUUGUCAUCAUACGACUUAUCCCAGGUCCCUGUCCCUAAUCUGCCUGCUGGUGUUCACGAGGCUGGGAAAUCUGUGGAAAAGGCAGAUACAAUCUUCUCCCAGGAAAGAGACCCUCGGUUUGCUGAGAUGUUUGCAGGCAUCAGUGCAUCUGAGAAGAAGAUGCUGAGCUCUGCCUCUGCUGCAGGCACCCAGCAGAUCUACUCCCAAGGGAGCCCGUUCCCCUCCGGGCACUCGGGCAAGACCUUCAGCUCUUCAGUGGUUCACGUGCCUGGGGUGAACGAUAUUCAGUCCUCCUCCUCAACUGGCCAGAACAUAUCCCAGAUCUCCCGGCAGCUGAACCAGAGCCAAGUGGCGUGGUCGGGCAGCCGCCCACCCUUUCCAGGCCAGCAAAUCCCAUCCCAGUCCAGCAAGACCCAGACAUCUCCCUUUGGGAUUGGAACAAGCCACGCUUACCCAGCAGACCCCUCUUCAUACAGCCCUCUGUCGAGCCCUGCCACCUCCUCCCCAAGCGGGAGUGCCUACUCCAGCCUGGCCAACAGGACUCCAGGGUUCGCUGAAAGUGGACAAAGUAGCGGGCAGUUCCAGGGGCGGCCCUCGGAAGUCUGGGCACAGUGGCAAAGCCAGCACCACGGCCAGCAGAGCGGUGAGCAGCACUCCCACCAGCAGCCCGGUCAGACUGAAGUGUUCCAGGACAUGCUGCCCAUGCCCGGAGAUCCGACCCAGGGGACUGGCAACUAUAACAUCGAGGACUUUGCUGACCUUGGCAUGUUUCCACCAUUUUCUGAGUAGCUGUGGGCAGAGUGAGCUCCUGCCACCAUUCCGUGACAUCACCACCCACGUGAACAAGGUCUCCCUCACCCAGCUUGCCUAGCGCAGGACCCCCGCACCACAAGCACCUUUGCCCUCGCGACCCCCAGGCACUGCUCUCCUCAGUUCUAAUGUCAGCCAAGGCUUCUUGGCCACCACCCGGGGCCCUGCUAGACACUGGAGGGUCGAUUGUAUUUAUUGUGUUCUGCCUGGGUGUGCUCAGGAGGUGAGCCUGUUGAGUCCUGGCAUUUGGUUGUGAAUAAUCUCUUAGCGGACCAUUUACACUCCUACAAAGUUCAGUUAGGAUCCAGAUUGGUACGGCAGGCCUGCCUAAGACCAGAAAUCAAGCUUCCUCCUGCUUCUCACGUCUGCUGGAUGGUGUUCCACCAAGGCGGGAAAACCAGCAAGUGGGAUACAGAGCCUGAGGCAAGGUGCACAGGACUCAGUGCCUGCCCCCGCCACCAUGCCCCUGCCGGGGACCCAGCGUGCACUGGGGUCCAGGGUCCUUGUGCAGUGAGGCCUGAACUUCCAUCCUCAGGGCUGUGCUGUGCUGUGUCUGUCCCGUGUGUGUGUGUGUGUGUGUGUGUGUGUGUGUGUGUGUGUGUGUGUGUGUGUACAGGAAAGCGCAGCCCUACCCUCAUCCAGCAGCCCCUCAACCCACACAAACAAGGCCGGAGAGCCGGGCUGAGUUGGGGCUGGUGACCUGUCCUUUACAAGUGAGUUCAUAGGCCCACGUCCCUACUAAAGAUUCAGAUACUCUUCUUCAAAGAGCCAGUCCUUCCUCCACCCUGAACCCCGUGGAAACACUGGGCCUAUGAGCAUCUGUGUCCUGAUUCCAUGUAGGUGACUCCCACGGUCCCUUGUCCCUUCCCAGCACACAUGGAGGUCACGGUAGCUGGGGCCCUCUACAGGUUUGGAUGGUGGGAGCAGCACCCUUGCACGGAGGAAGAUGCUCUCAGUCGCUUUCCUUUGGGCCGCUUGUCUUCCCCUGGCUGGGCAGGGUGGCUUCUCAGAGGGUACACAGUGCAAAGGAGGGACAGACCACUCUGCUCCUGCCACACAUGCUCCAAGGCCUUGGAUCCCAGCUGGUCUACAGGCAGGACAGUAAGCCAGCCUUGGGCUCCCAGCCAACCCAGAGGCUUCUGCCUGGACCACCUUGAGUCCAGGAUGCUUGGCUUGCUGUUCUGUCCAGAUGUGAGAUGAGUUUAAGGCCCACACUCCUGUUUUCAUGUCUCUGGAUCCCUCCCACACCCUGUACUCCAGUCAGGGCUAAGUUUCCCUCUUCUUCUUACUUACAUAUACCAUCAUCUCCAGUUCCUCAACACUACGCAUUGCCACCAAUGCAUAGUGAUGCAUCUCUCCCACAUGGGUGGGAGAGAAGCCACCUGGCUGCUGGAGGAGAGGAGAGCUCACCCUCUGUGAAUGCCCAGGGCAUUCCCACAGCCACGCAGACCUUGCAUGGUGGUUGCUGUGCUCAGAGGCCUCCCUGGCCAGGCGCCUGAGAGGGUAGGGAGAGUGGGAGGGAUGGGGAGACCCUGCCUUCAUGUUUGGAAAGCCCUGGCUGGCAUCCGGGGGCAGCCACAGGCCACGCUCCUGCAGAGCCUCACCUGUGCAAGCCCAGCAUUGCUCGGUAGAAGGUCCUCGGCUGGCAGCCAUCCUCACUUGGUCCCAACUCCAACACUAACAACUCUGGCUAUGUAGUUUCUAGAGAGGCUUUGAUGCCUAUGGUAGACAGUUCUGACCCAGCGCUGAGUUUAAACCUAAGUGUGCUCACUCCAGUCUCCGAUUUCCUGCUGCUACAGUGCCAAACACUGUAGGACCGAGCAGGGGCGGCCCUGGGCAGGCCUCUGCUCUGCCCCGAGUGCCACCUCUGAUUCGGCAGCCUUGACCUUGCCCUCCACAGUGAGCGUAAGUGUUGCUUUUUAAAGGCACAAAAAUGACUUUGGGAACAAAGAUCUUUCUUAGUGAAAUAAAAAUAAGCUUUUGGUGGCCUUUAGCUUAUGAAUUUGGAGUUUGGGGUUUGCCUUCUCUGAAGAAAAAUGUGUCUUUUUUGCAAUGCCACUGGAGGUGAGCACCUUGGCCGUGGGGUUGCCUCAUGUCUAGGCUACGCCAGGCUCUAAGGGCAGCAGAAGACACAGGACAGGGUCCUUGUUCGAAGCCAGAGGAGGAAGCUCUAGUAGUGUCUAAUGACCCUUGUUUGCAAAGGAGCCUGCACUCAGGCUGCUGGUCCUGAUUUUACCUAGCGAGGCGGUCUCAGCCUGGAAAUGUCCUACCUGGAUGGGACAGGAGAGAGGCGCUUUGCCUUUGUUUCUUCUGAGGGGUGGAACUUGCAGGCACCCUCACCCCACCAUCAGAUGAUGUUCUUCAGAAGAGAGCCCGAGGGACGUGCAAGCCACUGGUAACAACAGCAAACCACACCGACGCUCCGCCACCACGGGCUAGGGGAGGUAACAGUAGCCAAGAAUACUCUGCCUGUAUAUCAUUCCUCCCUCGUUUUGUUUCUGUUUUGGUUUCAGGGGUUGAGAGCACCAACAUCAAUAACUGUAUGGCUGUUCUCACUUCUGUUCAACCCUUUUAUUAUUUUAUGAGUAGUGAGUAUUACAAGCAAUGAGGGCUCUGACCACUAACUUAUACUGAGGAACCAAAAUCUGUAUCAGUAAAAUGUCUGGGGUUCUGCAGGUCAUCCGCAGGUAUCAGUGUCCUUCAUCUUCAGCCCAGAGAUGAGGCAGCCUCCAAAGCAAGUACUGGUCAACUCUUCCUGAGCAGUAUUUGGUCCAGUGACCUGUGCUCAAGGAGGGGGCAUGCACCUGCCUGGGUCCACCUGCCCCUAACAUUUAAAACCUGUCACAUAAAGAACCAGGCAGGUACCUAGAAGCACUCACCAGAAGCCAGGCUCUUUGUAUUGCCAGAAAGAGGUUCGAUCAUAGUGUGUGUGUGCUAAUUUGUCAGGGGUCCUUUCUUAGUGCAUCACAUCCAAUGCUCAAAACAGGUGUUACACAUACCUGUGGCCUCAGCUACUCAGACAGCUGAGGCAGGAAAGACUGAGCUACAUGGCUAUCUUCCCUUUCUGCUGGGAGCAGCUCUGGCUCCUUGCACACACAGGUGUGCGUAGGGCUUGUGGAAGACCUAGGCUGGUGGUCAAGCAGCUAGCCAAAGCCUGCAGGGCUUUGACUUCAGCAAGAGGAAGUUUUGCAGGCUUCAUGGAGGUGGGCAGCUGGCUUCCUUCAGCAACAUGCUUGCUUCAAGGGAAAGAAGACUUCACAGGCAGACUUCAGUGAACAAUAAGCACUUCAUCAUCGCUUUUAGCCUUUCUUCUUAUGGGUGUGACCAGUGUUGUGGGUAAUCAUUUGUAUUUCUUGAAUGUUCUUUAUGACUAACAGUUAUUAAGUGGAUCGUGUAUAUGUGUAACUAAUGUCAUUGCCUUUUAAAUUUCACUACAAUAAAGCUGACUUUCCUCUGAACACAAAUGA